CUGCGAAAUGAAGAUGAUGUGACCUACGUGGGUCGGGAAUUUAUGGUCAGGAAGGAGGGCCGAGAAAAGCUGAUGAGCCUUGUCCGAUCGGCACAAGGGCGGGUCGAGCACGCGUUGGGCGAUACGGCUCACAUCCUCCGCGACGACAACUGGGCUCAUCUCAGGGACGCCCCCAGCGAUUUCACGCGCACCGACGUCCCAUGCAUUGCACAUGUACAUGCUGUGAAGGACGAGGAUUCUCCCGAGUUCUGGCAUGAGAUCACGGAGUACCUCGCUCGAGGAGUCCGUCCGGUCCGACUACAGGAGAGUUCACAGGCGAUGCGGGCAUUUUUGUCUAAGACCGAACACUUCAUGUGGAAAGACGACCGGAUCUGGCGCCUCGCUAAGUCAAGACUCCCAAGACUCGUUGUCAUGGACGCGGCGCGACGAGAAGAACUGGUCGCAGAGGCACAUGGCGUGUGCGGACACCGCGGACGCGAUGCGACAUAC